CUCCGUGUGAGAGCGUGUGUGAGUGUGAUGGGGUGUUAGUGUCGGUGGGGGUCGAGGCCGAGCCGGUCCGGCCUGCAGGAGGGGGGGGAGGCCGCGCCCCCUCCCCAAGCUCCGGGCCCGGAGGGCGGAGCCGGGCCCAACCAAAGGGUCCAGCGCCCACCCCCCAGCUGCCCACAACUUCUCCUUUUGGCGGAGGGCGGGGACACCGCUUCUGCUGCCGGCCGGCUGCGGCUUCCGCGGCAGGACCGGCCGAGCGGGUGGCCGGGGGCGAAAGGCCCCCGGACCUCGGGCCUCGGUCCCCGCCGGCCUUCGUCCGCCUCUCGCCGGCCCGGAUGGCCCCCCUGACCCGAGGCUGCGACGCCGGGGCGCUGCUGGACCGCUUCGGCCUCACCCUGCAAGCCCUCCUGGCCCUGGUGGCCUUCAGCACUCUCAUGUUGAAACGUUUCAAGGAACCAGAAGAAGAAAGGCGUCCUUGGAGGAUAUGGUUUUAUGACACCUCCAAGCAAGCGAUUGGAGCCCUUUUCAUCCACUUCGCCAAUAUUUACCUAUCAGAUCUCACCGAAAAGGAUCCUUGCUCUCUUUACCUCAUGAACUUCCUCCUGGAUGCCACCCUGGGGAUGUUCUUGAUCUGGGCUGGAGUGAAGGUGGUGUCCUGGAUUGUGGAACGCCAAGAAUAUACCUUGAUGACCUUUGGAGAAUACGGGGACCCUCCCCAAGCAGCGGCCUGGAUUGGGCAGUGUAUGCUCUACUUGCUGAUCAUGGUCUUCGAGAAGACGGCUGUCAGCCUUGUGCUCCUCGUCCCCGGCUGGAACAAGCUGCAGGAGAUUCUGUUGGACUACAUCCCGGACCCUCAGCUGGAGCUCAUCCUGGUCAUGCUCAUCGUACCUUUCGUAGUCAACGCCAUAAUGUUCUGGGUGGUGGACAGCCUGAUCAUGAGGAAAUACAAACAGAAGAAAGACAGCCAUGAUGACCUGCAGAGCAGUUGGACUGUGGAGGGUCUGCGAGGACGCAAGGAGGAAGAGUAUCAGGUGUUGCUCAGCUCAGAACUGGCCAUGGACCGACGUGGAGUUGACAGCAAUCUGGCGGGAGCAGAGGGGCACCCCGCUGGCGGCGAUCAAGGCCACAGCAACGGGGACGGGGACCAGCCCCGGGGUGCAGGCGGCCAGCCGACCGAGUCUUGAGAGCUCCAGCCGCAGCCGGCGGCGGUGAUGCUGUCGCGGACCGGCGGGGGGGUUAGGACCGCUCCCCGGGAACGAGAGUUGCCGGGAUGGGACGGAGGCUGCAGGGAAGGACUCUUAUCUGGUGGUGUCAAAGAUACCAUCAGCCACGAGCAGCCUCCUCCCCACCGCAGCCAGCCACCGACCUUACUGAAGGGCUCAGGAUUGGGGUGGGGGGCAAUGAGGAAGGGGUUCGGGGAUGUGCUCGGUAACUCAGAUAGCUCCAACUCUGCCGGGACCCUCUGGUUCACCCCGCAGACCUCCGGCAGUGGCCCAGUCCCUGCAGGUCCUGGGUGGGGCCAGCUGAUGGUGCCUUCAGAGAACCAGGGCUCUGGGCAAAGCCCUAACAUUAACUGUUAUUUUUCCCAAAAUGCCAGGCCGGGCCCUGAUUUUCUUGCCUUUUACAAGCACAGAUGUCUCAAAGAUAUCUCUUGUGUUCUAACUUAAGAAAAUGCAAAAAAUCUCUGGUAUUUGAACUCUUUGUAUCCUAAUGAACUAGGUUUAUGGGAGUGGGGGUACUUUUUUUGUACAGAUUGUAAUAAACAUUCGAAGUAAGACA